AUGGCCCAAGAAUACAAACUCAAGAAUAUCACGUCCCUGGCGGACGUCAAGGACCUAGACAAGGUCGAGUGCGAGGUUGACGGGAUUCAAGAUGGCAAGGUCCUUUUGGUCCGGUACAAUGGCCAAGUUCACGCCAUGACCCCCAAGUGCACCCACUAUGGCGCCCCCUUGAAGCUGGGCGUCGUCGCCCCAGAGGGGAGAAUCACUUGUCCGUGGCAUGGAGCCUGCUUUAAUGUGGUGAGCGGCGAUGUCGAAGAUGCGCCGGCUCCAAACGCGUUGAAGAAAUUCGAUGUGUUUGAGAAGAACGGCGCCGUCUAUAUCAAUGCCGACGAGUCAGAUAUCAAGGCAGCUCAGAGAGAUCCCGCUGUGAAGUGCAGUGCUUCUCAGUCAGAGAAGCUGGUCAUUGUUGGCGGUGGGAGUGGCACUUUUGGCGUGGUCCAGGCGAUCCGUGAACUCAAGUACAAGGGGGCCAUCACCGUCAUCACCCGGGAACCCAACCUCAUCAUCGACCGCACGAAGCUGUCCAAGGCGUUGAUCGCGGACGCAGCCAAGAUCCAAUGGCGUCCGGAGGAGUGGUACAAGGAAGCUUCCAUUGACGUUUCCCAUGAUGAUGUGACCGGGGUCGACUUCGAGAAGAAGACGGUGACCACUCAGUCCGGCAAGUCGCACCCUUACACCAAGCUGGUGCUUGCGACGGGGGGUGUGCCUCGCACCCUCCCUCUGGAUGGCUUCAAGGACCUCGGCAACAUCUUCGUGCUCCGCACCAUCCCGGACGUGCAGGCCAUUCACCAGGCUCUGGGCGAGCAGAAGAACAAGAAGAUUGUGGUCAUCGGUAGCUCCUUCAUCGGCAUGGAGGUGGGCAACAGCCUCGCCAAGGAGAACGACGUCACCAUCGUCGGCAUGGAAAAGGCCCCGAUGGAACGCGUCAUGGGCGAGCAGGUCGGCCGCAUCUUCCAGGGUAACCUCGAGAAAGCGGGCGUUAAGUUCAAACUCUCUGCCAGCGUGUCCAAGGCAACGCCCUCCGGUACUGAUCCCAGCAAGGUCGGCGCCGUCCACCUGGGAGAUGGCACCGAACUUCCCGCCGACCUGGUCAUUCUCGGAGUGGGUGUGCGUCCUGCGACUGAUUUCCUCCAAAACAACCCAUCCAUCGCUCUCGAGAAGGACGGUUCGAUUAGAACCAACGAGCAUUUCGCCGUCCCCGGUCUAAACGACGACGUCUUCGCUAUCGGCGACAUCGCCACCUACCCAUACCAUGGGCCGGGCGCAGACCAAAAAAAGGGCACGCCCACCCGCAUCGAGCACUGGAACGUAGCCCAGAAUGCCGGCCGGGGCGUGGCCCGCGCGAUUGUCCACACCGGGUCACUGCAGACCCUCAAACCCAAGGCAUUCAUCCCGAUCUUCUGGUCCGCCCUCGGCGCCCAGCUUCGGUACUGCGGCAGCACCGUAAACGGAUGGGAUGAUCUGAUCCUGAAAGGUGAGCCCGAGAACGCCAAAUUUGCAGCGUAUUACUGCAAGGGCGAUACCGUGGUGGCUGUGGCGACGAUGGGCAUGGAUCCGGUCAUGGUCAAGAGCGCGGAACUGAUGCGGAGGAAGAACAUGCCGACCAAAGCGCAGAUCCAGAGCGGGGUGGAUGUACUGACCGUGGGUGUGCCGGAGUCGGUGCGCAUAUAA